ACAUUAUUAUUUUUAUUUUUAUAUCAGCAUUUUUUUUUUUGAAAUAUGGCGUGCAAUAUCAACCAAAAAAUGUUGCUUUGGGCAAGAGUUGUAUGGGAAGAAAAUGAAAACUCUCAGUUUGAAGAUGUUAUUCCUGCUCAUUGGGUUAAUGAAGACAUUCAUUCGGUCUUUUGGCCAUCGAAAAUGUCAGUGCAAAGAGCCAUUUCUGAGCAAGUUCAUGUUGACAAAACUUGGCAUAAAUUUAAAUGGGUAAAAACUAAAAUUGUGAAUGAAGAUAAACAGCUGUGCAUAGAUUUCCCUUCUGGUUGUGAACUAAAAAGCGCUGAAGAUAAAAUAGAUUCUGAAAAAGCUACAGCAUUUGCAACAAACACAGAAAGUUCGUUUUCAAAUAGAACCUUAUUAGAUGUGCUAAUUUCCACAGUUAAUAAUAUGUCUAAUCCUGAUAUCACUGGAGAACAAAUAAAAACUAAAAGAGGUUUAAAUACCAUUGACCACAUAGAAGGACUUACACCGAAAAAAAAGUCUAAAAAUGAAGUAAAAGAUUUUACAAUUGUUGUUGAAGAAAUUAAUAAUACUGUUUGUCCAAAUAACACCAAUAAAGAUGGCUUUCCAAUGUCAGAAGCUAAUUUUCAGAAAAAAACAUUAUCUUUAUUGACGGAAAUUAGAGAUGAAUUAAGGAAAAUAAUAAACACAUCUAGCCCCCCCAGUUCAAUCAAGAUUUGUAAAAUUAAUGACAUUCCGAGUCUUGAGACAGUAAAUAAUGAAUUAAAGGAUCCUAUUGUACGAAGAAAUGCUAUAGAAAAGUUAAGGAGUGUAGGAGGCGAUGAUUACGGAGAAAUGGUACGCAAUAUUUUGGACAGAUUAUUUAGUGUUUCUGUUAUGACAAUGUUAAAUAUGAAAGGAUCUUGUCGUCAUGGCAAAAAGAAGAUUGCUUUCAAAAGUUUGGAAUUCUUUGAGAUGAUUAUGGAGGUAGUAACAGAGCGAUUCAAACAUGCAACAACAAAAAGUAUUGCUUUGGCUAUUGCAAAUAAAUUAAAGAAUGCUCCCGGACAGUUUAAACGUGAUCAAUCUGAUAUAAAAUAAUUGUAGUUUUAUAUGAAAAAUAUUAUCUGUGUA